AUGGAUACAAUAAAUGAUAUUAACCCUUUAAAAACAUCGAAUGGUUUUAUAAAAUGUCAAGAGGUUUUUAAUUUGAUUAAAAGUCAAUUCAAUUCAUAUUUCAAUUUUAUUAUGGACAAUAUACAUGAAAGAGUGGAAAUUUACAAAUUGUUCGAAUUUUCAUCACUAGAAUUUGAAAAGGAAGAAACUAUAGCAACGAUAAAGAAGGGUAAUUUCCUCACAUUUUUAUUAUUCAUAACAGUGUUAAUAUUGUUAAUUGUGAUAGAAAAGAAAUAUGGUAUAACCAGCAGAAAAAAAAAGACAGGGGGACCAAAGGGUUUAAAGACCAUUGGCGGAGGUGGUGGCGAUACAUUGGCAACACCAAGACACUACUCAUUUCAUCACAUCCGUAAGCCAAAGUUUAGACAACGUUCGAUUGGUUCAUCAAAUGAAAUGAAGCUAGCUACUGGAGAACUAGAUAUGUUUAAAACAAAUCGAGAGAAUUUAUUACAGCUACAAGAGUCAAAUAGUGUUGGUGGUAAUUCAAGUAAAAACAAAUUAAAGAGAUCCCAAUCCUCUCUAUCAGUUCCAUUUUAUAGUAAUACCGGCGAUAUUGGCAGUAGUAGUCUCGAUAAAUAUCAGAAUGAACAUGUUAAAGUCUUUAAAACUAAAGCUAGACAUGCAAGAAGAACUCUUGAUGAAACAAAUGAUUUCGGUAGUUCAGACUACGAAAGGUUAAAUAAAUCAAUUAGUGACUAUCAAUUAGAUCACAGUAUGGAGAGUGAAGUUAGUAGUAACGCAAAUAGUAGUUUAUUAGAAAGUGGUAGUGGCAUUUUAGUGAAAGAUGACGCUUAUGGUGAAACAAAAAGAAAAGUUAUUCAAGAAUUUAAAGAUAAUGCUAAAAUUAAACUAAGAGCUUUGGUUCUAAACUCACCUUUAUUAGAAGAUGUUCUUCGUGAUAAAAAGGCAAACCAACCACCACAAUUUAAACGUAUUAGGUCUUCAAAAAAAAAUUAUUCAUAUCAAUCUUCAAUAUUAUUUAGUAGUAACAAUAACACUAACAAUAACAGUAAUGAUAAUAAUAAUAAUAAUGAUAAUAAUAAUAAUAACAAUAACACCAAUAACACCAAUAAUAACAAUAUUAAUAAAAACAGUAGUAAUAUUAAUAAUAUAAAUAAUGUAAAUAAUAUAAAUACUAUAAAUAAUAUAAAUAAUAAUAGUUUACCAUUUUUUGGUGCAAAAAUAGAUGCUACAAAUUAUAUACCAACUCAAACAUAUGGCUAUAAUUACAGAAAUGAUGCCAAUACAUCAUCACCUCGUUUAACUAGCAACCCGCCAUCACCUACCCAUCGUUUCGUAGAUAUUGUUAUUGAAUAUAAAGAAGAUACUCAAGAGCCAUCCUCGCAUCCAUUAACACCUCAAACUCCACCAAAUAUUAUAACCUCGGCUCCUACAAUUUGCGAAACAUUAUUAUUAUCAGUAGAUCAGUUAUUAGAUAAAAAGACUCUAGAAGAAAAAGAUAAUUUAAAAAAUAGUUUAACACCACCAACCCUUGGUUUUAAUAAUAUUAGAAUAAGUGAUCAUAGUCAAAAAUUUCCUUCUAAUCCAAAUUCUACCUCAAAUUCACCAAUCUCUCAAUCUCCAGCUCUUCAACCAGCUUUAAAACCAAAAGAUAGAUCAAAAUUAUUAAUUUCAAAUUAUGAUGAAGAUUAUUCCAAAAAACUUUAUUUAAAUAAUGAUGAUAGCAAUAUUAAUAGUAGUAUUAGUAAUGGUAAUGGUAAUAGUAAUAGUAAUAAUAGUGAUAAUAGUGAUAAUAAUAGUCCAAGUAAUUUACCAAAUAUUUCACUUAGAUUUGCAAGUAAGGGUAUUGUUAUAGCUAAUCAAUUAAAUAAUAGUGAUAAUGAAAAGAUUGAAAAUGAAAAUAAUUUUAAUCACGAUUACGAGCAACAUGCAGCAGAUGACGAAAAGGAAAAUGAUAGUGACACCGAUUACGAACAUGAUAAAAUUUAUCAACUUUAUAAAGAAAAAUCAAAUAAUAAUUUAUCAACACUACUUUCAUCACCAUCAGAUAAUAAAAUUUCCUCACCAACAACAGCAACGACAACAACCACCACUAAUAAAAUCGAUAUUAAUAAUAUAACAGUCGAUACCAUAAAUUCAAAUGGACUAUCCCAUAAUUUUACAUUUGAUUCAGUAAAAAAUAAUGCAAAUGUCAGCUAUGCAGACGAAGAAGAGGAUUAUUGUGACAGUGACAUUGAUGGUGAGGAUUUCUCAAGUGCAAACACAGACUAUAAUGAAAGAUUCCAAGAGAUCAUGGAAGAAUUAAGAAAUAUUGAUUGUAACUCAUUGCAAAGCGAUAAAAUUAAAGUAAAUAGUCAAUUUAUUGCUUUAACCCAAGAUUUUGUUUAUGCAUCAUCAACUUUUGGAAAAGUUAUUAUUUCUGAAAGAUAUUUACCAAAUUCUGAAAAAACAAUUCCAUCAAUCGAUAUUGGGGGUAUAGCCGGUGGUGAUAAAUUUAUUGUUCAUGGUAUAUUAUUCAAAUUCGCAAUUGAUAGAGAAGAUUUUUAUGGAAGUGAUUAUGCUUCAAUGUGUGUCAGUAAUCAUGAAUUAAAAGGUUUAAUUAAUGUAUUCAAUUGCAAUGUAAGUCAUCUAUGCUUACCAUUAAUGGCCUUGGUAGACUACAGAGGUUUUAGAUUAAUUGCAAUGUCAAUUUUACCAGUCGAAAAGGAUUCAAUUUGCUAUGGUUCAAAUGACUAUGGUUUAACAAUUCAUAAUAGUGACGCUUUCCUUAGUUCAAAAGUUAAAGAGGUAGCAAACUUGUUAAAUAUAAAGAGUCACCACUCUGGUGAUAAGGGUACCUUCUUACACUCACCUGCCGAUUUAGAGGGUCAUAGGGGUUUUGAUGGUAGAUAUUAUUUAUUAGACUUUGCAAGAUUAUUCGCAGCAGAAGCACCAAGAAAAGAUAUUAAAAUGGGUCAUUUAUAUAGAUUAUUAAGACCAGAGUUUGUUAGAAAUUAUAAGAAACCAUUAUGUUCAGAUUCAUUUUCAAGAUUUAUUAGAGGCCAUAAUGAAGAGGAACACAAUAAUGAAACAGUCGAAGCAACAAGUUAUUUAUUAAAUGUUACAAUUCCAGAAUUAGCAGAAGAGUUAAAUGGUUUUAACAUAAAUAUUAAAAAUAUAUAUUCCUUCCCAAUAACAGAAUGUUUGCAUCGUAGUGGUGUUAAUGUUAGAUAUUUAGGUUGUGUGCGUCAGUUAUGUAAUAGUUUAGAUAUGAAGUCAUUAAUUUUCAUUGAAAUGUGUGCACGUGUAGUCAAACAGCAACUCAGACAAAAACUCAGAUUUAAAAUGAAGCAAGCCAAAAUUCCUUUAGAAGCUCCCUAUAGACGUUUAAUUGUAGCAUAUCUCAAUAGAAUUCUGGGUAUCUCUGAUAAAUCGGAUUUAUUCUGGAACGAACGUAUGAAGAAAUACUUAAUGAAGAAAUUUGACAAGGGUUUAUUCGAAGAUGAAAUCAAAGGAAAUUCUUUAAUUUUAGGUUUAUCUUCAUUCUCUGACCAUUUGAUUGAUGGUAAAUAUCUUUUAUUUAAAAGAAUUCAAAAAAUGACAGGUUUGAAGUUUACAAAUCGUAUCAACGAAGAGUUUAGAUUACAACCAAAUUGUUGGCUCUUCCGUGGUGAAAAUCCUUUAGAUAUCAACGAUUUAGAAGAAAUUGGUAUUCGUGUUAAGUAUGUCCCAUUCAUGAAUGUAGCUCAAGGUUAUCUUUUCAAAGUCAAAGGUGAGAUGCUAUUUGCAUCUGAUCCAAUUGCUGCUAACCGUUUCUUCCACAUGGCUUUGGAUAAGCUCGAAACUGCUUUAGAAACUGACCCAAAUAAUGCAGAUACCCUUUGUACUAUGGGUGAAGUAUACAGUCAUCUAGGUGUUGGUGAAAAUCAAGGUGUUUCUGAAAUUCAAUUUACUGAUAGAAACAAUCCAGAUAUAAACAAAGCUUUUGAAUAUUUUGAAAGAGCCAUCUUUUACAAUCCAAAUCAUACCGAUUCAUUGUUUCGUUUCGCUCAAUUACUUGAGCGUUGUGGUAGCUACGAUAGUGCAGAAGAUUACUAUUUAACAUCAUUAAAAACCAACCCAAACAAUAUCGUUUGUUUACAAGAAUAUGGUAACUUUUUACAAUCUGCUAGAAAUGAUUUCCAAACUGCUGAAUUAUUCUUUUAUAGAGGCUCACAAAAUCAUCAAUACCUUCAUAAGCUAAGAGAACAACAACACAAUCCAAUCAAUAUUAGAGGAUCGAGUGGUUUAUUAAAGGUCAGAAAUCCAAGUAGUAGUAGUAGUAGCAAUAAUAUUUUAAGUCAUCUUAAUAUGAACAAUAGUGGUGGUAAUAAUAACAAUGCCAAUAAUAAUGCUAAUAAUAACAACUAUAAUUAUUCAUCAUCAAAUAUUUCUUCAGCCUCAUCAAACAAUUCUGCAACCUCAUCAAACUCAUCUCAAUUCUCUCAGACCUCAAGUAAUAACAAUAAUAAUAUUAAUAAUAAUAAUAACAAUAAUAAUAUAAGAGGUAGUGGAAACAAUAUUUUUAGCAACAACGACAUUAGAGGUAGUGGUGGAAAUAUCAGAUUAACUCCACCAUUUAUGGCUUUAUCAAAUGGUAUUGACUUGACCCCAAUAAGAGAUAGAGAAUAUAUCCGUAGAUCAACAGGUUCAACUCCGGGUAGUUCUCCACGAGGAACACCCAAAAGCUUUAAUCAUAACUCAUCAUUAAACAGUGGAAAUAGCAGCGAUAAUGAAUUUAUAGAAUUAUCUUCAUCCCCAAAAUCAAAAAAAUUUUUAUUAUCUCAAAAUAAUAUUAAUUUAUAA